UGCGAUUCUGGGCAUGCCUACAAGGCUUGGAAAUAAACAAAGACCAAAAGCGGCUGAUUGAUCAUUAAGCUGCCAUAAACUUCACUUAAAAUACUUUUUAGGCCAUUUUUUUUGUUUAGCUACUAGAAACACCCAGCAUCUGAAACAAGACGUCCCUACGGCCAUGGAAAACACUUUGUUGAUGCGAGUGAGUGUUUUCUCCGACCAGGGAGGUAGGAAAUACAUGGAGGACGUUACCGAGGUUGUAGUGGAGCCCGAGUCCGGGGAAGACGAGCUGAACUCGAACGAACAUGAUGAUAUCAAAGGGGAUAACUCGACGGUGGACAUUAUGCCUGAAAACGAGCAGCCUGAUCGGACUGUACACAACGAGCCUCUAUCUGCCUCCACUACAGUUGCAUGGACACAAAAUGUACAAAAUGGGGACCUAAGUUGUGCUGCAGCUGCACUGGCAGUUUCCACAGUGGAGAGUUCACCGGUCCAGAGCGAUAACCGGACCCAGCGAUCAGUGGCUUUCUUCGCGGUGUUUGAUGGCCACGGAGGCCGAGAGGCAGCGCAGUUCGCACGGGACUAUUUAUGGGAAUUUAUCAAGAAACAGCGGGGGUUUUGGUCCAAGGAUGACGAGGAAGUGUGUGCAGCUAUUCGUAAAGGUUUCGUUGCCUGCCACCAUGCCAUGUGGAAAAAGCUGCCCGAAUGGCCCAAAACACUCACAGGGCUUCCCAGCACCUCGGGCACCACGGCCAGUGUAGUGGUAAUCCGGGGGACCGAAUGUACGUGGCCCACGUAGGAGACUCUGCCAUAGUGCUGGGGGUCCAGGAUGACCCCUCUGACCAGUUCAUCAGGGCCGUGGAGGUUACACAGGACCACAAGCCUGAGCUUCCCAAGGAGAGGGAGCGCAUCGAAGGGC